AUGUCACGGGGUUCAAAGUCUGUGGAUUGUGCCUCCCUGGGAGGCCCAUAUGCUGGGGCCUUCGGCCGUUUUCAAUAUACCUGUGUACAGAUUGAAGGAGACGAGAAAGAGACUACCAUUUUGCUAGAGCGGAUAAUAAGAGCAAAGGGCGGGCAGAGGUCCUACUUCGUGGUUCAACGCAGGGUAGAAGGGAAGUAUCGCUAUGAGAUCGCCAAGGCCAACGAGGUAAAGGUGGCGUUAGAGGACUGGCAAGCUGAGCCAGGGAGAUGGAUCGUCGAUGAAACUAAGAAAGAAGGAAAAUUCCAGCCUAAACAAGCGGGUGUAUUUAAAGAAUACUGGUUCGCUGCCUACAUGACCCCACCUGCGCGCAUAGUAGGCACGACUGCUCGAUCCCCCACAACACUAUCUGUUGUUGUAUCCGAUAAAGGUCCGCAAGUUGUGAUAUUCAGUGAUUUAACUUCAUGGAUUGGACAGGAGAAAGCAGAAUCUUUAGUGGAGAAAUCUUGCCAAUCCCAAGGCGUGCCUUCUCCAUGGUCUGUCAGGUCGCAGACAGUGAUUGUGGACGAUCCGCGAUGCCAUAAUCCAAAACAAACAAGACGAAAAAAGGAAGUUACCACUCUCCCAGAACAGGAAAUCACGGGCUCGCCAGAAUUACAAAGCAUCAAUGAAAAUUCACUGGGAUCUAUUCAGAGAAUUAUGGAUGAAGUCAUCAAGAAAACGCUUGAACCUGUCAUCACUGGGCAGCAAACAUUCCAAAAGCAGUUGUUGGCGAUGAUGAUCAGAAUUGAGAAAUUAGAGAACCGUUUACCAGGAGCCCCCACGGUAGACCUGAGCAAAAAAUCAUGA